CCGUUGCAAUACAACGGAAUAAGAGAUUAGUUUUAAGUUACAGAAAUUGUUGCUCAAUCCGGAAAAUUUAUCCUUAUCUCGAAAUCCAUUCCAUUAGCAGUAGUAUGUUUUAAUCGCUCCCUUGUAUUCAGUUAAGUAUCCCAUCCCCAUCAUCCUGACUCAGAGCAGACAUGGUGGAGCCAACAACACACAAGUUUGCAUCCCUAGAAGAGGAGCUGGGCUUCUGGAAGGAGCAGGCAGAGAGACAUCAGCAAAGGGCAGAAGAGUCUCAAGAGGAGCUGCAGGAGUUUCAGCAGAUGAGUCGAGACUAUGAAGCAGAACUGGAAACAGAGCUGAAGCAGUGUGAGGGUCGAAACAAAGAGCUGCUUUUGAAUAACAACCGACUUCGCAUGGAACUGGAAAACAUAAAGGAAAAAUUUGAGUCCCAGCAUUCUGACGCUUUGAGGCACAUCUCAGCCAUGGAGGAAGAUCUGGCAGAAACCACAGCAGUUAGAGAUCACCUGCAGAAAUACAUCAGAGAACUUGAGCAGUCCAAUGAUGACCUGGAGAGAACCAAAAGGGCUACCAUCAUGUCUCUGGAGGACUUUGAGCAACGGAUGAACCAAGUCAUUGAGAGGAAUGCCUUUCUUGAAAGCGAGCUGGAUGAGAAGGAAAACCUGCUUGAGUCUGUUCAGAGGCUCAAGGAUGAAGCCAGAGAUCUUCGCCAGGAGCUGGCUGUGCGUCAGAAGGAAAGACGUCCAUCCAGCAGCCUGGGCAAAGACACAGAUCGAGCAGAUCUGCCGUGUCCCUCGGCUGGUAACCCAUCCUUCCCUGUCACGCCCUCCAAACCUCUCAGCUCAUUUGUCACACCCCCUGCUUCCAGCAUCCGGCGAGGUGAUGGUCUAACAGGGACUCCCCUCACUACGUCUGCUAGAAUAUCUGCACUCAACAUUGUAGGGGAGCUGCUGAGAAAAGUUGGAAAUCUGGAGUCCAAGUUGGCAUCCUGUCGAGACUUUGUGUACGACACGUCUGUUAGUAGGCCGGCACUUCCAGCUGGUUCUGGUAGUCCUUCAGGCUUAGAAGCAGCGCCUGAGAUUCAAACUACCAGCAUGAGCCCCCCUCCUCAGUACGACAGUUUAGUGAAGCGCUUAGAGUUUGGACCAGCUCCUCCAAGAGGGGUCACCCAGGGUGCCCAGUCUCCACAGGGAGGGGUCAAGAUCCUGCUAUGAGACAAAAAGAAGA